UUCCACCACUGCUCUGUCAUGUGGCAUCCGAUCUCCUGGACACCACGUGCCCAGUGGUCUCCGAACCGCUUAAAGCUGGUCACUGUCUAUGUGCUGGUGCUCUUGGUGUCGCUCAGCUUUGCUUCAGGACAGAGCAGGCCAUUUAAACAUCAGAUAGACAACAGAAGUCCUGAGAUUGAUCCUUUUUGGUAUGUGGGCCGUGGGGUUCGUCCCAUCGGUAGGUUUGGGAAGAGGCAGCUGAGAAGCAGCCGUGGCAGCCUCAGGCCUGUGAGCAGACACCUGGAUUUCAUCUGGAACGCUUUGUGGGAGCAAAAAAUGUUGGACACAGAAGACAAGGACUGGUGACCUCCGUUCCCCAAGGUGGUGACUCAGUCUCUGUUCUUUGAAUUGUGCUCUCUCCUGCACCUCAGACCUGCAGUUCUGCUUUUACCCAGCAAUCCCACGCUGCUCUUCUUUUUGCUCCUUGUGCAAGUUCAUUCAAAAAGAAACAUGUUCAGGG